AUGAGAUUGAUGAACGAGGUGUUGAAACCAUUUCUUGGAAGGUAUGUAGUAUCCAAAGAUGGUGUGUCCGUGGAUCAAUCCAAGGUUGAAGCUAUCAAGACUUGGCCCGUACCUACCAAUGUGAGUGAAGUUAGAUCGUUUCAUGGUCUAGCGUCGUUUUAUAGAAGAUUUGUGAAGAAUUUUUCCACGAUAGUUGCACCUAUGACUGAAUGCUUGAAGAAAGACAAGGGAAAAUUCGAGUGGACCAAGGAAGCCCAACGUGCAUUUGAUUUGGUCAAAAGGAAGCUAUGUGAAGCACCCGUACUUGCAUUGCCGGAUUUUUCACAACCAUUUGAGGUAGAGACCGACGCUAGUGGUGUAGGAUUGGUGCCGUUUUGGUUCAAAAGAAGCGCCCUAUUGCCUAUUUUAGUGAGAAAUUAA